AUGGAUUGCAAAACCAAGACUGUUUUUUUUAUUUUACUUGUUUGGAAUAUUUGUGUGCAAGGACAUAGCGACAUUGAAAGCAAGCAAGAACGAAGCAAGGAAAAUCUGCAAUUUAGUAUGCAAACUUUGUUCAAAGAUUAUUACAGUUCUUCAUUUUUAUGGCAGAGUUUGGCCCACUACUUCAAUAAAUCUGAACUGGCUCUUCCUGGUUUUAGUGGUGUGUUUUAUGAAUUUUCAAAAAUAGAUCGACAACUUGCACACCGAGUUUUAGAAUUAACUGCAUUGCAUGGAUUACAUUUAAAAAAUUAUGAAAUUGAUAGUAGUGAUAUUAUAAAAGCAGCCAUUAGAAAUUAUAAGGCUGUAACAGGGAAAAAUGCCAAUAAAAUGAAAAAAUUUCCUUAUUGCAUGGAGACAAAAUUUCAGAAUAAACAGGAACAAAACAAAUUGUUUUCCUUCAUAAGAAAAAAAGAUUUACGUCACACAUAUUUUCCAAGAGCUUCUUCUAUUAUGAAAUUAACUCAAAUAAUUGAAAAUUGUUAUAUGUCAAUCAAUUUCAAGCAAUGGAAAAAUCUACAUAUAAAGUACAUUAUUGUGAGAGAAUUCUCAACAGAACAACUCUAUCGACAGAAGUUUAUAUCUAUCUAUCUAUCUAUCUAUCUAUGUAUGUAUAAGUUUUAA